CGACACGUUUACCUGUCUUGGAGCAGCACGCGACUUCAUCGCAAAUGACUAUAACGGUGUACAUGCUUACGAACGCUAUUUUUGCUGUCCCGUUUGUGUCACCUUGAUAAAAAAAACACAAAUUGGAAGAUGACAUUAUAUAUUAUUAUGUGAAAAUCAAAAUGAUACGAUAGGUAAUAUUCACUGAGAUGUGUUGCUCGUUGUCAAACCAUUAAUGACAUUGUCACCUGUACUAGUUGGGGACACAGGAAGCUUGUCAAUACACAUGCGUAAUUGUAUAUUUACCUGUGACACAAAAUCCAACAUGGCCGUGCAGUUCGACAGGUGAGAGGAUCAGAUACAAAGAUGGGGAACACGACUGUUGUGGCCUCCAAUGUGAAGGCCCAGGGGGACAGCGACGUGAAAAAACUCUACCAGCUUGUCGAUUUGAAGGGCGGAGGAGAGCUGAUCGAUCUCAUGAAGAGGGCAAGAUGGAGAAAAAAUUAUAAAGAAAUUGAUGAAAAAAUACAGACGGACGUCAAAAAAUUUCUCUAUAAUGAUGGUGAAGGAAAGAAGGUGCCUAUCGUUGAUCUGAUCAUGACUAGGAGUAAGGAGAGGAGUAGUAACAGACCCAAGAUUAACAAAAACAGACAGGAGAAGGACAAGGAACUGGCAAUGAUUGACAUGAACUUUCCUGACGGCCAGGGCAACUACCUUCACAACAAACCAGACGGUACUUCUCUGCCAGAUCGUAAAUUCCGUGAAACUUGCUGGGACCUUAAUGAGAGAGGAACAGUUGGGGAGUCAAUCCUCCAUCUGUGCCUGCUCAAUGCCUCUGCUAUCCAUGCUGACUUGUCCAAGCGACUCCUCCAGGCUUACCCCAAACUUAUCCUUGACAUCUACACCAGUGAGGAGUACUAUGGGGAAAAUGUGUUACACAUGGCGGUGGUCAACGAAGAUCCAGCCAUGGUCAAGUUCUUACUGGAUAAGGGAGCUGACGUCCAUGCUCGGUGUUGUGGUCGGUUCAUGUGUCCAGAUGAUCAGAAAGAUUCUAGGUCAGACAGUCUUGACCACGAGUGGGUGGAUGUUUGUGAGACUACAAACUAUGAUGGACAUGUGUACCUGGGAGAAUACCCCCUCAGCUUUGCUGCGUGUCUCGGACAAGAGGAGUGUGUUCGCCUCCUUGUGGCCAAGGGAGCUAAUCCAAACCUGCAGGACAACAAUGGAAACACUGUAAUGCAUAUGCUGGUCAUUCAUGACAAGAAGGAGAAAGAAUUAGAUGGAGAGUACGCCUCCAAAAAGGAAAUGUUUGACCUGUUGCGAGAUCUUGGAGCAGAAUUGGAUAUAAAGAACCGGCAAGGGUUAACUCCCCUGACUUUGGCUGCAAAGCUGGCUCGGAAAGAUAUGUAUGAGCACAUUUUGGAAAAGAUGCGAGAAGUGUGCUGGAUUUACGGAAACGUGACAUGUGCUGGCUACCCCCUACGUGACAUAGACACUAUUUCCAGCACAGGCGAGAUCAACGAGAAAUCAGCCCUCAAUCUGGUGGUGUAUGGGGAAGUGGAAGGCCAUCUAGACAUGAUGGAUGGUGUUGUUGUCAACUUGCUGAAAGAGAAAUGGAAGACCUUUGUACGCUUUAGGUUCUAUAGGAGGUUUGCUAUUUUUGCGGUCUACUUUAUCCUGUUCCUGGUGGUGUUUCUCCUGCGACCGGGGGACGACAUGUGUCCAUCCAGAACGGUCAACAUGACGGGGGCAGAGAACAUCACAACAGUGGAGAAGGACCCCUGUUACCUACUGAAAGUCUGUAACACAGAGGAUAUAGUCCGGUUCACCUUGGAAGCCCUCGUCCUGAUUGGGGCCAUCUGGUAUUUGCUGAUUGCCAUGAAGGAGAUCUACCACCAAGGGUUCCGCCUCUUCUUCACAACACUAAAAGGUGCCCCUACCAAGGCCAUGUUCCUGAUGUCCUGUGUGUUCGUCAUCAUGAUGUUGCCAGGGCGUGCCGCCUGUGCGUACAUCUACGAGGAUGUGGUGGGUGUGAUGGCCAUUCUCUUUACUGCCCCCUACUUCCUUUUCUUCUGCAGAGGUUUCCCAAUCUUCGGUCCAUUUGUGGUGAUGAUUUACAAGAUGAUCAAGGGAGAUCUGUUCCGGUUCGUCAUCAUCUACACUGUCUUUAUCAUUGGAUUCUCACAAGCCAUGUAUAUAGUGUUCCGGGGUAUACCAGACACACCGUUCAGUGACCCUGCCGAGGCAGUCAUGGGCAUGUUCAUGAUGUCCCUUGGAGAAUUUGGCGAUUAUUAUGAAUCAUUUGAUAACACAAACUACGCCACACUAGGAAAAAUCGUGUUCUUCGUGUACAUGAUCAUGGUGACACUGCUGCUUGUAAACAUGUUGAUUGCCAUGAUGGGUAACACCUACCAACUCGUCAACGAAACACAGAAGGAGUGGUUCAGACAGUGGGCCAAGAUUCUGUUGGUGAUUGAGCAGAGUGUGACAACAGAACAGAGGAGGAUACAACAAACCAAGUACUCCCAGCCCACCAAGAAUGACCGGGCACUUGUCAUACGCUGGCAUCAGUCCGAGAAAGAGAGAGAAGAGUUACAGAAACUGAGAGAAGCACAGAAGAUGAAACAGAGGAAAAAGAUUCUGGAGGAGAGAAAUCGACGCAUUCUAAAAAAGACUCCCUCAAACAAAACCAUCGUAGCAUCUGAUGCCAAGGAGGGCCGAGUCAACAUCUGAUGGGGAUGUCGUCUAUAGGGAAGAUGUGACAUUGUUUUAAUGGGUAGAUACAGUGAGGCAUUUUUAAGUAGAACUAAUAUAUUAGUUUAUAUAAUGUAUCUCAUAAUUCUACAUACUAUGCCUUUGAUAAAUCACGCUAAUGAUACACCAGCUGGGGUUACCAUAUCAGCUAGCCGAAAGGUUUGUUUCCUUUAUCUGAUACAUUAACCCAUUUACCCCUAAAGUCACAUUGGAACCUUAACAAAUCAAAGACUGGGCCAGUCCAGUUUGAAAAUGUAGGGGUGAAUGAGUUAACAAGUGGAAAACUGUCAGGGAACUGUUACCAUUAACCCAAUGCUAGAUUUUUAUAUCUCUUGCAGUUUGUCUGAAAUCCUCGACAUCACAAUGAAAGCGAUGCUAUUUGCUAUUUUAACGUCAUGCCAUAAUAUGUUAACAAAACAAACAAAAACUUGAGAAAAGAGUGCCAAAAUUGUGUUUGUCAGUAUCCAGAGAUACAAAAAAAUAUAACCUGAUACCUAACUAUGAUUACUAGUGAUCGGUGUUUCAUUAAAUGGGAUUAUUUCAGUGAGACCGAGUUAAAUUGAUACUGAUCUAAAACAUGUUAUAGAUUAUAAGGAUACAUUAACUAGUGGACUACCUGUCUGUUAUUCAGUAUGGUACAAUAUACACCAGCUAGCAGGGUACUCUACCGAUUUAAUGAUAUAUAACUUAUAUUUAUCAGUCCUAGAUGUUGGAGUGUCAUCUUUGAUAUUGUUAGUGAUUGUUAUGCUUGCACAAGUUAUUUAAAAUGUGUUCAGAUUAGUUGCAUUUAUUAAAGAGAGAAUAACAAGGAUCAAAGUCCACUUUGUUAUGACGUUAUUUUAUGAAUGAAUCGGAGAACAAAACUAAGGUUAGAAUCAGGUUCUUUAUGUUUAUGAACAGGAUUCACUGUUAGCCCUUUCACCCCUAUGUAACUUUAGUAGACUCUACCAUGCAUUGAUCUGGAUGAGUCCAUUAUGGUCUACAGUGGUGAAAGGGUUAAGCUAACAGGGCAAGGUGAAAUAUUAACUGACGAUACUUUCAAAAUUAUUUUAACUAAAAAUUAAGCACCCUUGCCCUGAAUCUCUGAGGUGUACAAUUCCGCUACCCCCACACCCAGGGCUAGUAUAUUUAUGUUUAAGCUAGUGAACAUUUUCAAUAUUCGCUAUUAAGAUAAAGUAGGGGCUAGUAAGGACUUUCCUCUAAAUAUGAUCCUUCACGUCUAAGUAAAAAACAAAGAAGACAUUUGUACCUGCAUGCUAGUACUCUAAAUAUGAAGUUGUACAACCCAGAUUCUAAAGGAUCAACUUCAAAUAAUAUAAACAAAAUACUCUGAUCCUUCACGUCUAAGUAAAAAACAAAGAAGACAUUUACCUGGAAAUGUUAAGGUUACAUGUUUAGCUUGACACCUGUGAGAGGUAGUUGUUUUUCAGGUAAGACAGAUGCAUGCUUACUACUGUGUUUAUUAUUAUCGAUACAUUUAGGUAUCACUGGUCAAUAUUGUUGAUAUUUAGAUUAACUCACAAAGUUACUCCGUCGUUAGAGGGUAAAUAUUAAAACCUUAACCUUUUUGUUAUUUUUGUUAAUGAUUUUAUUAUAAAUCUAUAUUGAAUGCAUUGCUUAUACAUGUACUUAAAAAAUGACAUUUUAUUCUGUCAUGUUUAUAUACAAUUGUUUAUACUAGAAUGGAAAUUAAUAGAUGUUAGAUUUGUGUGGUGAAGAAAUUUAUUUUAGAUAUUCCUCACACAUGCCCUUAAUGGUCACAAAUUCAUAUACUAUGUUGACUUGUAAAUUGCGGUAAUUGUUGUAGAAUUGUUCUGACCUGAUCAUUCAUCCAUAGGAUAUUUAUUGUGUGUAGCUAAGCUGAAUUAAAUUAUACAAGAAAUCAAUCAAAAGAGAUGUAAGGAUUUUUGAACCUUUGAGUUUCUCGUUGUACCAGUUGUAAGAUUUAUAGUUUUGUUCUGCCGUCCAUAAGACCAGUAUAGUGCAAUCAUCAUCAAACUUAUGCUUUAUAUAAUGUUAACAUGCAAGUAACAUACUAAUAUACUGUAGAUUUUUAUCAAUUUUAUCUUGAAUCCGUCCAAAGUAAUUCUGUCUUUGCUUAUUUUCCUUUUCAUUGUAUUUUGGCAAUACGUUUUGAACAAUUCAUGUAAUUAGUCUCAAAUAAACCUAGUCUGUAUGUUAUGUGAUACACUGAAUAAAUCAUAUACUGCUGACGUCAUAUACUGCUGACAUCGUAAAAUGUUGACAUCAUGUCCUGCUGAUAUCGUAAGGUGCUGACGUCAUAUACUGCUGACAGAAUGUUAUAUACUUCUAUCAGGACAUCAUAUAAUCCUUAAAGAACACUGCUGAAAAAACACCAUAUACUUACGACAUACUGCUGACAAAAUAUAAUAAACCGCUGACAGAAUAGCAUAUACUACAGAAAAUCACAUACCGACGAUAGAACGCCAUACACUGAUGAUUGAUAUUUACUGCUGGAUUGAUUUGCUGCUGAAAUGAUAUUGAAAUCAAAUCUUUAUACAAACUGUUAUGUUUUGUUUUGAAAUCCUUUUACAAACUGUGAUAAUCAAUUGAUGUAUUAUCAAUAUUUUGAUAUACAGGACAACAUUUUUCAAUUCAUAGGUAAAGUAUAUACUGUUACACAGUCAACAGAUUGUACGGUAUACACUGUUACAGAGUCAACAGAUUGUACGGUAUACACUGUUACAGAGUAAACAGAUUGUACGGUAUACACUGUUA